CUGAGACGGCCGCCUCGGCUCGGCUCGGCUCGCUCGGAUCGGCUUGCUCAACUCGGCUCGGCCAGGCCCGAUCCAGCCCGGCCAUGCUGCUGGGCGCCCCACAGCUCCCGGGCCGCUGCCUGCGGCUGCUGCGCCCGCUGCUCACCCGCGGGUACCGCGGCGAGGCGGUGGCCGCCGUGGGGUCGCGCCCCGACGCGGGCUCCGCGCUCUACCAGGAGAACUAUGAACGAAUGAAAGCACUGGUAACUGAGCUACAAGAACAAGCAGAAAAAAUCAGGUUGGGAGGCGGAGAAAAAGCUCGUAAGCUUCAUACAUCAAGAGGAAAGCUGUUGCCCAGAGAGAGAAUUGACAAACUUAUUGAUCCUGGAUCUCCAUUUCUGGAGUUCUCCCAGUUUGCUGGUUACCAGUUGUAUGGUAAUGAAGAGGUACCUGCAGGAGGCAUUAUCACAGGCAUUGGACGAGUAUCAGGGACUGAAUGCUUGAUUAUUGCUAAUGAUGCAACUGUCAAAGGUGGCACUUAUUAUCCCAUUACUGUUAAGAAACAUUUACGUGCUCAAGAAAUUGCAAUGCAAAACCAUCUUCCUUGCCUUUAUUUGGUUGAUUCAGGAGGAGCAAAUUUACCUCGGCAAGCAGAAGUAUUUCCAGAUCGGGAUCAUUUUGGACGUAUUUUCUAUAAUCAAGCAGUCAUGUCCUCACAAGGAAUUCCACAGAUAGCAGUAGUCAUGGGAUCCUGUACAGCAGGAGGAGCAUAUGUACCUGCAAUGGCUGAUGAAAGUAUUAUUGUUGGCAAACAGGGAACAAUAUUCCUGGGUGGGCCACCGCUGGUUAAAGCAGCAACAGGUGAACAGGUAUCAGCAGAGGAUCUUGGAGGGGCAGAUCUUCACUGCAGAAAAUCUGGUGUAACAGAUCAUUAUGCUUUGGAUGACAAUCAUGCACUUCAUCUAGCAAGGAAUGUUGUAAGAAGUUUGAAUCUCCAGAAGAAAGUAGAUGUGACUAUAGAACCGUCAGAAGAGCCUUUAUUUCCAGCUGAUGAAAUAUAUGGAAUAGUUGGUGACCAGCUAAAAAGGAAUUUUGAUGUCAAAGAGGUCAUAGCUAGAAUUGUAGAUGGAAGUAAAUUUGAUGAAUUCAAAGCCUUGUAUGGGGAUACUUUAGUUACAGGAUUUGCAAGAAUUUUUGGUUACCCAGUAGGAAUUAUUGGAAACAAUGGAGUUCUUUUCUCAGAGUCAGCAAAAAAGGGUACACAUUUUAUCCAGUUGUGUUGCCAGAGAAAUAUUCCCAUUGUCUUUUUGCAGAAUAUUACAGGUUUCAUGGUUGGCAGAGAAUAUGAGGCUGGAGGGAUAGCAAAAGAUGGUGCCAAGAUGGUAACUGCUGUAGCUUGUGCCAAUGUUCCUAAAAUAACUGUCAUUAUUGGCGGCUCUUAUGGAGCUGGAAACUAUGGGAUGUGUGGAAGAGCAUAUAGUCCAAGAUUUCUAUAUAUGUGGCCAAAUGCUCGCAUAUCAGUGAUGGGAGGGGAACAAGCUGCAACUGUUCUAGCUACAAUAACUAAGGACCAAAAAGCAAGGGAGGGAAAACAGUUGUCUGAGGCGGAUGAAGCAGCUUUGAAGGAACCAAUCAUUAGGAGGUUCGAGGAGGAGGGAAACCCUUAUUAUUCCAGUGCAAGAUUAUGGGAUGAUGGAAUUAUUGAUCCAGCUGACACAAGACUGGUUUUGGGCCUCAGUCUCAGCGCAGCACUAAAUGCGCCCACAAAGAAGACACAAUUUGGAGUUUUCAGGAUGUAAACUUAAACGUGAUCGUCAGAAUUACUUCUGUAUAUUUUAUUUGGGGCUGGGCAUCACACUAACUACAGUAUUUGUAACAUGCUAUUUUUAAUGAAUCUUGCAUCAUUAUUUUCACUGAUUGUAGCUGUCACACAGUGCUUUAGUUUUUUGUCGGUGAUUUGAGAUGUCAUUUAAGUUCUUAUAUAACUGCUUUGCAUGAAUAAAUUGCAGGUCCUAGCAUUAUACUUCAUGUUUGACAAAAAACUGUUGAUACUGCCUCUUAUAUAAAUAAAUGUGCAAAAUAAGUUGUA